GAAGAUGACGUCUGGCAAAUUUGUGUCUACGACAACUUUUGCUCUACUACUCGAGGUCUAUCUACCCCCUGCAAGUUUCAGAAAUUUUCGUUCGGCCGUUUCUUAGAAACGCCGGAAAGGUGGGUCCCCUUAACGCAGUUUUUAGUUUCUGUCAUGGAACAAAUUCAAUUCAACAUUAUUCUAGAGCACGAAACUCUUUAUAAAAUGAGAUAUUACAAAAUAAUAGGUGGAAGGAGAGUCUACUGAGUCCGGUACAUUAUUCUUCCAAGGAAACUCUUUUGAAGAAAAAUAAGUUCAUUGUUUUUUUUUUUAUAUAUAUAUAGGUCGUUAAAGGUAAUCAAAUUCCGAAAACUCCAGAUUGUACAUUAUCAUUUUCGAAUGCAAAACGUAUAUCAUUAGAACAUGGAACAUUAUUAACAUUUUCAAUUGAUAAAGAUUAUCUUCAUACAUUACAAUUACGUGAUACAACUAUUUACUAUAUAAUGUAUGAAGUUGGAAGUAAUAAUGGUUUAUGUCGUUGUAUACGACAAAAUAAUUUACCAUUAAUUAAUAAUCGUCAAUCAUUAUUAUCAUUUAUUGGUGAAAAUAAAAAUUUCAUACGUUUAUAUACAUUAUUAAAUUCUAAUCAUAUUCCACGUAUAUUAAUUGAUAGUAAUCAUUUAAUAUAUUCAUUGAUUUAUAAUCAAGAUAAUACAAAUAUAAAAGAUCCUCAAUGGAAAAAUUUAUUAUCAAUGAAUUAUUUUUCACAAGGUAUAAUACCAUUAAAAAAUAUUGAUCAUACUAAUAAAAAUCAUAUUAUAUUAAAUAUAAUGCAAAUAGAAAAAGGUAUUUUAAUACCACAUAUACUUCGUUAUGAUAUUGAUAAAAUACGUUCAAUAUUAAAUGAUAUUGAAAUAAAUAAAAAUUAUGAUUUAUUUAAAUUAAUCUUAGAUGAACGUAUAGAUGGAUAUAGAAAUUUAUUUCAUGCUUGUGUUCAUAUUGCAAUACCAAUAACAAAUAAAGAAUAUUUAAUAAAUGAUGAACAAAUU